AUGUCGCAAAAAAUGAAGAAAUCGUCGGCGAAACCCACGUCCACUACUGCUGCGGCUGCCACGACCGCGGCAUCCUCCGGUACUUCACCCGUUUCGUCCACCGCGUCCACCGUGUCCAGUGCCUCGGAAGCGUCCGGAGAAACGGCGCUGAGUCCGUCGCGGCGCAGUCGUCUCCAGGAGAAGAACAGUCUGAUGAACCUAAACGAUCGUCUCGCUUGCUACAUCGAACGGGUUCGCUAUCUGGAGCAGGAAAACUCUCGACUGUCGCUCGAUCUAAGCACUUGCAAGGAAACGGCCGAUCGGGAAGUAUCCGGUUUGAAGUCGAUCUACGACCACGAGUUGGCCGACGCCCGGAAGUUGCUCGACGAAACGGCUCGUGACAAGGCAAAGUUCGAAAUCGACGUCAAGCGGUACAUGGAGGAGGCCGAGCAGCUGCGCCAAAAGCUGAACCGCCGUACGAAGGAGCUGAGUGAAUUGGAAAAGGACGCCCGGACACACGAGUCUCGGUGCGUUGAGCUGACCGCGAGCUACAACACGAUCUGCUCCGAGCGCAAGAAGCUACAGGAGGCGCUGCAGGAGGCAGAGAAGGAGCUGGACAAGCUGCGCCGGACGUUCGACACGAUGCGCAAAGAGUACGAGCACGAGACGCUGAUACGCGUCGAUCUGGAGAACAACAUCCAAAGCUUGCGCGAGGAACUUUCGUUCAAGGAGCAGCUUCACAGUCAGGAGUUGACGGAGAGCAAGCUGCGCCGCCAGAGCGAGAUCAGCGAUAUCGACGGCUUUCUGAUGGAGCAGUACGAGACGAAAUUGCAGCAAUCCCUACAGGAGCUGCGCGAUCAGUACGAGCAGCGUUUGCGCCUGAAUCGCGACGAAAUGGCCGAUCUGUUCGAGGGACGCAUCCAAUCGCUCGAGGAGCGGUUGGCCCUCGAACGGACACGCUACGAUGAGGAAAGGGCUAACCUUGGGCAAGAGAUCGACCGGAUGCGCACUGAAAUGGCGAUCCAGCUGAAGGACUACCAGGAUUUGAUGGACAUUAAGAUUUCGCUCGAUCUCGAAAUCGCGGCCUACGAUAAGCUGCUGUCUUCGGAGGAGUCGCGUCUGAACAUAACGCCGAGCGUGACGAGCACGACGAGCUCGCGGCUUUUCCGGACACCAUCGUCACUGAAGCGAAAGCGUAACACGCUCGACGAGUCGCUCGAUUACUCGACCGUUGCCUCGGCCAAGGGAGACCUGGAGAUCAGCGAGUGCGAUCCCGACGGACGUUUCGUGCGAAUUCAGAACAAAUCGAAACAGGAGUUUUCCCUGGAGGGCUGGCAGUUGGUACGACGACCGGCGGGCGCGCCCGAGGUGCGCUACAAGUUCGGCAAAACGGCCAAAAUUGAAGGAAACGGCGUGGUGACGGUGUGGGGCACGGUAACUAACCGCAAACCGGAUCCGCCGAUCGAUCUGAUCAUGAAGAGCACACUGUGGACGGUAACGGACGCGAUGGCCACGGCUCUGAUUAAUGCGGACGGUGAGGAGGUGGCGUUGAUGGAGCGCCACCGCACGACCAAGGUACCCAAGGAUAAAUACUUCCACGAGGAAAGCGGAGGCCGGCUCGGCGUGUCUUACUCUGGGCAUCAUCCGAAGCGGUCUCCAUCAAGGCCCUUGCCGAACGUGGCCAGCGGAGGAAAGGGUACGGGUAAAAAUGACGAACAAUGCAGCAUCAUGUAGGUUGUUAGUUUCAGCACGUGUGUCGUUACUCCAGUGAUUCCCAUAAAUUAAAGGAAUUCUCAUUCUCCGGAGAAUUGUUGCGUUUGCUCAUUUUGUUGCUAAGAUGGUUCCAUGCGAAUUGGUAAAGGAUAAAAAGUGCAA